UGCGCGGAACAGGAAGCGCGUUCCCGGACAGACAGACGGACUCUUCUGCAGAGACUGAGGGACGUGGACGGUCCGGGAGCAGAACAGAGCAGAGGAUGAAGCGAACAACUUUCCUGCUGGUGUUUGGAGUAGUCCUGGGUUUGACUCAGGCUCAGUUGGAGACGGGCGCUGAGGAGACAGGGGGAGAGGAGGAACAUGUGGAACUCUUCACCACCCCAACGACAAAGAUGGGCGCCGCCACUUCUGACUUCGGCUAUAACCUGUUUCGUGCUUUGGCGAGUCGCGACAGCACGGCAAACAUCUUCCUGUCGCCCAUCAGCGUCUCUGCGGUGCUGACUCAGCUCUCUAUGGGAGGGUCUGAGCGCGCUCAGAGGCAGCUGUUCAGAGCCCUGAGGUACCACACCCUGCAGGACCCUCAGCUCCACAACACCCUGAGGGACCUGCUGGCCUCGGUCCGGACGGCCGGAAAAGGCCUGAGCACCGCCGCUCGCAUCUACCUGUCCAGACGUCUUCGUCUGAAGCAGGACUUCUUCACGCUCGUGGAGCAGCAGUACGGUGUUCGUCCUAAACCACUGCAGGGCGGCACCAAAGACCUGAAAGAAAUCAACGAUUGGGUUUCUCAGGAGACGGGGGGGAAGGUGCUGCGUCUCCUGACCAAAGCCCUCCCCCGCAGCCCCGGCGUGAACACAGUGAGCGCCACCUACUUUAAAGGGAAGUGGGCGACUCGAUUUGGUCAGAGUGGAAUGACAGAGAACUUCCAGAUAGAUGGAGGAGCCCCUGUUCGUGUUCCCAUGAUGCAACAGGAUAACUACCCUGUGAAGAUGGGGAUCGACUCAGAUUUGAGCUGCACAAUCGCCCAGAUCCAGAUGCAGGAUGAUGUCAGCAUGUUUGUCUUCCUGCCUGAUGAUGUGACGUCCAACAUGACGCUGCUGGAGGAGACUCUGACGGCCGAGUUUGUUCAGGACCUGUCCAUGACACUCCUACCUGCUCAGGUGUCCCUCACUCUGCCUGUUCUGAGGCUCAGCUACAGCACUGACCUUCUGCCUCUGCUCAGCGACAUCGGUCUCUCAGAAUGGCUGUCAGAUACUGACCUGGAGAAGAUCUCAGCUCAGCCCGCCAAGCUCACCAGUGUCCAUCACAAAGUUGUCAUGGAGACGGCGCCUGAGGGGAACCAGUAUCCAGGCGUCACCACGUCACCUAGCAACCUGUCGUACCGUGUGGACCGGCCCUUCCUGUACCUGAUCCGAGAUGAAGCGUCGGGGGCGCUGCUGUUCAUCGGCCGUGUGUUGAACCCUAAAGCCCUGACAAUGUAACGCACUAACAGGGGUCUUCCUGACGAUCUUUAACUGAAGUUCUCACUAUGGUGGCUUUAACCUGAACAUGGUCCUCGCAAGAAUAGACACACAUGUACACACUCUUAGCAGGUCCUAGGAGGGAAUUCAGCUGUUUGCCGAAUAUAAACAAGAAUAUUUGAUGAUGAUUUGACACAAUUUCUACUUUUAAUGUCCAUUAAAACACUCUGAGCUCAGCAAAGUAUUUUUUUUCAAAUAUUGUCCUAAGUGUUAAAAUGAAAUAAACACGACAAUGAAACAAAACCUGA